AUGGCUUUCAGGCGCCCAUUGACGCUGUCCGCGGCGUCAGCGUCGUUACUGUCUCCAACCGCGGCCGCCGCUCGGUCUCGUACUGCUGCGGCGCUGCCCCGAUUCGAUAGCAUCCGCUCUUCUUCUAGCUCGACCUCUGCUCUGGCAUACAAGGCAUUGCACCGCCGCUCGCCCCUGCCCCUGCCGGUCUCCGAUGCUUCUCCCCAGUGGGAUGCUCCCACUGCUGUCUCGUCCAUUCUAUACGAGACUCCCGUCCCGCCGUCCAACCCUCCGAAGCGCCACAUCUUGAACUGCUUGGUUCAGAACGAGCCCGGUGUGCUGUCCCGUGUGUCCGGAAUUCUGGCUGCCCGUGGCUUCAACAUUGACAGUCUGGUCGUUUGCAACACCGAGGUCGAUGAUCUCUCGCGCAUGACCAUUGUGCUGCAGGGCCAGGACGGCGUCGUCGAGCAGGCUCGUCGCCAGCUAGAUGACCUCGUCCCCGUCUGGGCUGUGCUGGACUAUACCAACUCUGCUCUGGUUCAGCGCGAGCUUCUGCUUGCCAAGGUUUCCACUCUCGGCCCCGAGUUUUUCGAGGAGCUGCUCCAGCACCACCGCGAGAUCAUCACCCCCGAGUCGCAGGAGAAGCACAAUGUUCACGACGUUCACGAAAUUGAAUACCACCCUCGCAACCUGCCUCCCAGCCAGGCUCUGCGCCACAAGCACGAGCAUCUGGAUGCUAUCACCCGCCUGGCCCACCAAUUCGGCGGUAAGAUUCUGGAUAUCAGCACCAACAACUGCAUUGUCGAGGUCUCCGCCAAGCCCAGCCGUAUCGACUCUUUCCUCAAGCUGAUCGGUCCUUUCGGUAUCCUCGAGUCCACCCGUACCGGUCUCAUGGCUCUGCCCCGUUCCCCUCUCUCCGAGCAGACCGAGGAGAUCGAGAAGGAUGCCGCUGACGUCGUCGAUGCCAGCACCCUGCCUCCUGGCUAA